GGAGCUGAGCUGGAUCAGGUCUGGAAGAUGCCUUGUUGCCCAUGGAAAGCAGGAUCUCAAGGAAGCCGUCAGUGGGAGUGGGAAUGAGGAUUUCACCAUCUGCUCCCCAACCAGCAGAACAAGCCACCUGCCUUGGGGCUGACGCCGUGUUUCUUAGCCGUGGAAGAUAAGGCAGAUGCACAAAGUGCUGGAUUUGUGACAGUACAGCCCAGUCCCCACAGGAGAGGCACCUUCAGCAUGGCCCAUACAAGCCAAACUGGUGGAACUGAGAAAAACGGGUCACUGCCCUCCAUCCUCUACUGUAAGAGUGAUUUAAAGGAAGGAUCCCUGCAGUGGGUGAAAGAACCCUUCAACGGGCAGGUGCUCAUGGUGCUCAGCAUGGACAACAACUGCUCAGCUACCUCCUUUGAUAUGGAGCUUUGUGCAGAGAAACUCCAGUCCCUAGGGGUUCAGGUGGCAGCGGAGCAGUGGAGAAGGUUGGUCCAGGAUGCUGUUCUGAAGCCUGAAGUGAGACGGUACAUGUUCUACAACUCCAGGGCAUUCCAGAUAGCCAUUGCUGUGGUUUUCUACAUGUCUCUCUGGACAAACAUUUACACCACAGUCCAGCUGUGCUCCUUCGGACGCUACUGGGAAGCCAGCGUGCUGGUGACCCUGGCUGCUGUAGCAGUCACUGUCGUUGUGAUCCUGGUUAUUGACCAUCGCCAGAGAAAGAUUAAUGUGAACACAGACGUGAGGCUGGCCGCUGUCAAUGAAGUCUUUAUCAAACACAGUUUAAUUCUGGGCAUUACAGAUGUCCUGGAUGGGCCACACAGCAUCCUACAACUGUGGUUUGUGCACUUCAGCCCGGAGCGCUGCCUCCAGUCCUUAUCAGCCCACAUCAUGGACCUGCAGAGGACCCGGGAGCCGGCCCUGCGGCACAGCCUGGAUGAGCUCUGUGUGGUUAUGGAAGCAGUGGUUUCCCCUGACCUGGGCACGGAGGAGGAGGCUUCACGUGAGGAGUCCCCUCUGUUAUCCAGUGGGGUGAACGUAAAUAAGGAGCCUGUGACAUGCAAUGAGCUGCUCCACCUUGUUCCUGAGGGCCCACCAGAGGCGAUGGCCCAGCAGCUCCUGGUGCUCUUCAGUGGAUGCUAUGUCCGGCUCCUGGUGACGGGGCGGCUGCCCCGGGCCGUGGCAGGGGGGCACCUGGAGCAGAGCAGCGUGCCCUGUCUGUGCCAGUUCAUCCAGAGCUCUGUGCUCAACGCCCACCGGAGCUGGUUCAUGGCAUGGGGACCGGAGGGGGCUGCAGUAUGCAGAAAGGCAAGCUGUCCAUACACAACAGUGUGAAGAUGUCAUGGGGCAGAGAGGACGGCUGUGAUUGCUCACCCUGCACUCAGCUGGAUGAACAAGUGGAAGUAGGACUCUAAUAAACCAUACAAGACA